UGUUUUGGUAAAUAUUUUAAAAAUAUCUCGACUCAACAUUUUUUACUCAACAUUUGAAUUUACAAUGUCUGUUUAUUUUGUUUUAUUAUGUAAUUUGGAUUACAGUAAUCAAAGACAGUUUAAAUAUGAUCUCCUACUUAGUUUUGCUACAUAAAAAACGAAUUAAACUUGUUUAGUAAGGGAAAGCCACAGUUUUUGAUCUCAAAAAAUCCCAUAACAUUGAAAAUGGAAGUGUCAAAAAGUGAAAGUGUUAAGAAAAAGAAGAGGAGACUGAGACUGGAAGAAAAACUCAAGAUCAUUGAUGCGGUUGAUAGAGGUUUUUCCUAUGCUGAGAUUGCUUCACAGUAUGGAAUAUCCAUUGGAUCAAUUGCUUACAUCAAUAGUAAUAAGCAGACUUACUUAUCAGCGAUAGAGAAGGGUUAUAACCUGGAUAUCAAAAAGACACCCACUGAGGUUACCCAGAGAUGUGACCAAGAAAUAAAAGAAUUCAUCGAAAAAUCUCUCAACGCAAAUUUACCUCUGAGUAGGAACUUGAUUACUACCGUAGCAAAAGAAUCAUACACUGACAAUGGCAAGACCAAUUUUAAAGGAUCAAAUGGUUAUUAUAACAGGCUCAAAAAGAGAUUAAACUUGAAAAAAUUGAAAUUGCCCGAAGAUGAUGCUGCGGUUGACUCGUUAAAGCUACACAAAUGGAAACUUGCUUCAUUUGAAAUUAUUAGUGAAUAUACGCAAAACAACAUUUACAAUCUUGAUGAGACUGGACUGCUGAUGAAAAAAAGUCCGGAAUGUACUUUUUUUGAUGACGAUAACGACGAUGAAAGUGAAGAAGUAAAGCAAAAGAAAAGAGAGAAAAAAGGAAGAUCUUGGUUAACAAUAAUUUUUAUCUGUAACAUGAGUGGAGUCAAGGAAAAGUUAAAAGUUAUCAACAGAUACGAAAAACCAAGAGCUCUCAGACGAUACAAUUUUGAUCAUACCAAGCUUCCAGUUGAUUAUUAUUUCAAUGACAAUGCCAUAAUGACAUCGGAUAUUUUUCAGUCAAUAAUAAUGAAAUGGAAUGAGGAGCUGAAAAUUCAAAAUAGAAAUGUCUUGUUGCUGCUUGACAAAUUAAAAGGUCAUCACAUUGAUUUUGUCCCUUCUAAUAUUAAAUUUUUGUAUCUCCAUCCUGAUUCUACACCAGUGAUUCAACCUUUAGAAGCCGGAAUCAUAAAGGAAUUUAAAGAUCAUUAUAUUUCUCGCUAUCGAAAGUGUUUACUUGAAGAAAUGGAAAAAACUGCAACUAAUAUCCAAUUUGCUAUUAAAAAAUUAAAUAUUGUAAAUGUUAUUCAAUUAAUCAAUUUUGCUUGGCAAGAUGUAAAAACUGAAACAAUCUGUGAUUGUUGGAAAAAUGUUCUCGACCAAAAAACAAAUUUUGCCUCUCUUUUUGACCACAAUUAUUAAAACUCUUUAAAUUAUUAGAUUAA